UUUUGCAUUUCUCUCCUUAAGCCCACACUUUUGCCUGUGACUUGCUUCAAUACCACCUUUCUUCUUCUACCCCCUUUAAAUCUUCCGGCACUUCUCCUCUUUUCUUCCAACCAAGUUCCAUAACUUUCCUCAUCAAGUACCAAGAAAACCAAGCACAAUCAAUUUAAUAAGAGUCUAAAAACAAAAAAGAAAGAAAAAAAAUGAAGGGUUCUUCAGCCAGCUGCAUGGCUGCAAUGCUUCUUAUCUUCCUCUUGUUUCCUUUUUCCCUCCAUGCUAGGCAUAUUGGAAAGCUACGUUCACGUCAUGGGCACCACCAUGCAACAGUGGCUAGCAGAAAAGCGGUAGGAUUUGUGACACCACAAAAGUACUGGGAUAGAAGGCCAAUGAUGCACAAGAGAGCUGACACCCUGCAAAUUGCUGGAUCAAGUUUACCUGAUUGUUCACAUGCUUGUGGAUCCUGUAACCCCUGUAGAUUGGUUAUGGUUAGCUUUGUUUGUGCUUCACUUGAGGAGGCUGAGACGUGUCCCAUGGCUUAUAAGUGCAUGUGCCACAACAAGUCAUAUCCUGUUCCAUGAUCACUAAUAUUUUUUGUGUAGCACUUUACUCUGUAGGUAGUUAGUUAAUCAGUAGGUUUUUUUGGUGGAUAUUUUGUAAGUUGGUUUAACACUAGGGUCUCUGGCUCUCUUCAAUCAUGGAUCUGUAAAAUAUAGUGGUAGCAUUUUUUGCUUGGUUUAUAUUUCUCUUACUUCCCUUUUUCUAAGGUUCUCUAUGUGAACUUUUGACAUGGGAUAGGCUAUUUAUGUAAUCA